UAAUACUUAAUAUUUAAACAAUAAACAAACACAAUUACCUAUUUUCAUUUUCAUUUUUAGUGGUCAACAUUUCUUUUGUUUUACUAUGUGAAAUAAAAUCAAAUUAAGUAAAAAUGAAAGAAAUUAUGUACUCUAAAAUAAAAAGCGUUUACGUAAAGGAUACGGAACACAACGAAAAGGUUCCAUUGGACAUUGUCAUCACAGUUGAACAGAUUUAUAAAAAUAAUGAAAAAACUAUUUUUAUAACUGCAUCUGAUGAAAACGACCCUCUCUUCUAUGUCACAGCCAGUGUUACUGAAGAUAGUUUUAAAACUAUUAAAGAGUCACAAGAUUUAGUAGUUAGUUUUGAUCAUUUUCCGAAUCAAAUUAUACAAUUACUAAAUAAUUCUGAUACUGCCAAUGAAGAUCAACCUAAAUUUAAAUUGUUUAUUCAAGAUGAGAACAUGGGCAAUAAAACAUACAAAGGUUGUAAAUAUGUGUUUAAAAUAGUUGAGCUGAAUGUAUUUAAAAAUCUUUGUCACUUGGCUAUUGAGAUGUCAAAAGCAUCAGAUUCUGAUGUUGCCAAAAAUAUAUCCAAUAAAAUGACAGAAAUCAAAAGAUUGGUUGAAUCUAAAGAUAAAGAAACUGACCAGUUAAAACGAGAAAUUUCAAGAUUACGUAAUGAAGUAGCAAAUAAAAAUGAUGAGCUGGAAAGGUAUCAGCUAUCUAUGAAUGAUGAGAAAUUUAGUUUAACCAGCAGACAAGAAAAAGAAAUUAGUCUAUGGAAGGAAAAAUAUGAAAAAUUGGACUUGGAGCGUAUGAAACAGUUAAGAGAAAUGCACGAAGAAAUGAUUGCUCAACAAGAACGAAUUAGUGCGUCUCUUCAAACAACAAUAAAAUCUCAAAAUAAAGAAAUACAGUCUUUGUUAACUCAAUCGGAAAACAAAUCACAACAAAUCAGUGAAAUGUCAAUUCGGAUCAAAUCAUUAGAAUCCCGAAACAAAACAUUUAGUGAAGAAAUUACAUCAAUGAUUGCAACUAAUGAAAGUAUAAUGUCAGAUAGAGAUAUCAAGAAAAAAAUAAUCGAAAGAAUGCAAAACCAUAUUUCAACGUUGGAAAAUGAAAUUCGACAAAAUACAGAAUUACUCCAUAAACAAAACAAUUAUUAUGAAACUUCAAAUAAAUUACAAGAACAGUUAACUAAUGCUUUAAAAGAAAAUGAAGAGUUAAAGAAACGUAAUGAGGAUCAAACAAAUUCUAUGUGUGAUGAACUUAAACAAGCAAAUAAAAUAAUAAAAAAACUUCAUGAAUCUAAUCAAGAACAGACUCAAAAACUAUUGUUCAGCAAGGAUAUUGCUUUAAAACAAAAAGAAGAAAUUUGCCGAUAUCAAAAUGAAAAAUCUCAACUCUCUAAAAUACUUGAAGAGAAAUUAUCUAAAAUUGACAGUCUUACAACAGAAUUAGUUGAGACCAAGAAUCGCUUAACUACUGUGGAACAAAACUUAAAAGAAAAGGAGGAACGUAUAACAAGCAAUGACAAAGUGAUCCAUUGGUUGAACAGUAAAUUGAAUAACUGUGAGAUCACUGCAAAACCAAGUAACUCCGCAUUGGAAACAAUAAAUGUGACUAAGAAUAAUGUUAACGCCAUCAAAUCGAUUGGAAAAUUUUCAACCUCUACUCCUGCUACUACUGAUUUAGAUGAAAAAAAAUCUAAGCCUAAUGGACGAAAAUUAAACUUAAAAAUUGGAAAUUCAUCUACCAGUGAAACAUUGACCAGUAAUCCCAAUAUAAAAAGAAGUGCACCAAUUCGCCGUGUCAUGUAUGGACCAAUUAAUUCUGCAUAUUUUGCUGCUUAAAUGCAUUUUUAAAAGUACCAAACAUUGUGACGUUAACACUAUGUACUUGAGCGGUGGUGUAGAUAAAUAAUUUUUUCCAGAGGUAUUAGCAAUACAGAUGUUUUAAUAAUUUAUAAAAAAUAAAUACCAUUUUCAAAUUUUAUACACUUUUGAUAUUGUAUGUAUUUUAUUUAAUUGUAAAUAAAUAAAAAAAUGUAUUAUUAAGACAAAUUAAUAGAACAGUCGGUUCUUAACAAUGUUUUUAACACAAUUAAUUUGUAUUUAUUCUGUAUAAUUAAUUAUUUUUUAUUUGUUUA